CGAUUGCUCGCGCUGAGCUCUCUGCUUCUAUCCGUGCCUCAUCUUAGAAGCGAGAACUGGUCUCUAUUCACCCGCAAGAGCAAUGGCAUCCCAUAUUGUCGGAUAUCCUCGCAUGGGCCCCAAGAGAGAGCUCAAGUUCGCUCUGGAGUCAUUCUGGGAUGGGAAGAGCAGCGCUGAAGAUUUGAAAAAGGUGGCCGCUGAUCUCAGGGCAUCAAUCUGGAAGCAGAUGGCUGAUGCUGGGAUCAAGUACAUCCCCAGCAACACAUUUUCUUUCUAUGAUCAGGUGCUUGAUGCUACUGCCCUACUUGGUGCUGUUCCACCUAGGUAUGGAUGGACUGGUGGGGAGAUUGGAUUCGAUACCUACUUUUCCAUGGCCAGAGGGAAUGCCUCAGUACCUGCAAUGGAGAUGACCAAAUGGUUCGACACCAACUAUCACUUUAUUGUACCCGAAUUGGGACCUGAUGUCAACUUCUCUUACGCUUCUCACAAAGCUGUGGACGAGUACAAGGAAGCCAAGGCUCUUGGAGUAGAUACUGUUCCGGUCCUGAUUGGUCCUGUCUCGUACUUGCUGCUCUCCAAACCUGCUAAGGGUGUUGAGAAAAGCUUUUCUCUCCUCUCUCUCCUCCCAAAAAUCCUGGCUAUUUACAAGGAAGUUAUAGCUGAUCUUAAGGCAGCUGGUGCUUCAUGGAUCCAGUUUGAUGAACCAACUCUCGUUUUAGACCUUGACUCUCACAAGCUCCAAGCAUUUACUGAAGCAUACUCCGAACUUGAAUCUUCUUUAUCUGGAUUGAAUGUCCUUAUUGAGACCUACUUUGCUGAUAUUCCUGCUGAUGCUUACAAGACCCUCACUUCUCUCAAGGGUGUCACAGCAUAUGGAUUUGAUCUCGUCCGCGGAACUCAGACCCUUAAUUUGAUCAAGGGUGGCUUUCCCAGCGGAAAGCACCUCUUUGCUGGAGUGGUCGAUGGAAGGAACAUCUGGGCUAAUGAUCUUGCUGCAUCCCUAAGUUUGCUACAGGAUCUUGUGGGCGUUGUUGGCAAAGACAAACUUGUUGUCUCCACCUCCUGCUCGCUUCUUCACACUGCUGUUGAUCUUGUAAAUGAGACCAAGCUUGAUGAUGAAAUCAAGUCAUGGCUUGCUUUUGCUGCCCAGAAAAUUAUUGAAGUCAAUGCAUUGGCCAAGGCGUUGUCUGGUGCAAAAGAUGAGGCCUUCUUCUCUGCUAAUGCGGCAGCUUUGGCUUCAAGGAAGUCCUCUCCAAGAGUGACCAAUGCGGCUGUUCAGAAUGCUGUUGCUGCAUUGAAGGGUUCUGACCACCGCCGUGCCACUAAUGUCAGUGCCAGACUGGAUGCUCAACAAAAGAAGCUUAACCUCCCAAUCCUCCCAACCACUACCAUUGGAUCCUUCCCUCAGACCGUAGAGCUGAGGAGGGUACGCCGUGAGUUCAAAGCCAACAAGAUCUCCGAGGAAGAGUAUGUUAAUUUCAUUAGAGAAGAAAUCCGCAAAGUUGUUGAACUCCAAGAAGAGCUUGACAUCGAUGUCCUGGUACAUGGGGAACCAGAGAGAAACGAUAUGGUUGAGUACUUUGGUGAGCAGUUGUCCGGCAUUGCCUUCACUGUUAAUGGAUGGGUGCAAUCUUAUGGAUCUCGUUGCGUGAAGCCACCAAUCAUCUAUGGUGAUGUGAGCCGCCCAAAAGCCAUGACUGUGUUCUGGUCAUCUAUGGCUCAGAGCAUGACCAAGCGCCCCAUGAAGGGAAUGCUUACCGGUCCGGUCACCAUUCUGAACUGGUCCUUUGUUAGAGUCGACCAGCCUAGAUCCGAGACUACCUAUCAGAUUGCCUUGGCUAUAAAGGAGGAAGUAGAAGAUCUUGAGAAGGCCGGCAUCAACGUGAUCCAAAUUGACGAGGCUGCUUUGAGGGAGGGAUUGCCGCUGAGGAAGUCAGAGCAAGCUCACUACUUGGACUGGGCUGUCCACGCCUUCAGGAUCACCAACGUUGGUGUGAAGGACACCACACAGAUCCACACCCACAUGUGCUAUUCCAACUUCAACGACAUCAUCCACUCAAUCAUUGACAUGGAUGCUGAUGUGAUCACCAUUGAGAACUCUCGUUCCGAUGAAAAGCUUCUCUCAGUGUUCCGCGAAGGAGUGAAGUACGGUGCCGGAAUCGGCCCCGGUGUGUAUGACAUUCACUCUCCCAGGAUCCCACCAACAGAGGAAAUUGCUGAUAGGAUCAACAAGAUGCUGGCAGUGCUGGAGAAGAACAUCUUGUGGGUCAACCCUGACUGUGGUCUCAAGACUCGCAAGUACGCUGAGGUGAAGCCAGCCCUCACCAACAUGGUUGCUGCCGCCAAACUCAUCCGCAAUGAGCUCGCCUCUGCCAAGUGAAUGGUAUAAGAGAGUCGAACCUCCCUACGUGCACCGGUUCUUCUUUGCUUAAAGAAAAAGAAAAAGGGGAAAAAGGGGGAAAUUUGUCUUCUUUUUUUUUUUUUUAAUACCAGCGGAAAUUUAUGUGUUGUUGUUGCAAUAACUGUGUGAUCUUAGUUAGCGUUUCCCGGGGUUCUUUUGUUCUCUAAAUAUUUGUAUUUUUGUGGCCGGGCCAGUGGCCCCGAUUCUUAUUGAAUCACAAUUUACCAGUUUUGUGGUAAUAACCACCCAAA